UGGACUUUCACCCCAUCUCAAAUAAACCUAGAAGGAAGGGAUAAGAGUGGAAAGUCAGGCUGCCGCACCACUGAACCAUCAUGCAACGUGCAAAAUGCUGCCAGCUACUUGGAGGAUGUUACAAAAGUUUCAAUGCUUCAUGCAAAACCAACAGGAUUUCAAUAAGGGUUUUGGACAAGUUGGCAUCAAAGAGAUAUGCUUCUUCUUCUGUUCCACAAAAUGAAGUGAAGUCAUUUGCUAUGGGUAUUUUCAAAGGUUCUGCUGACACAAAAAGUAUUUUUCCAUAUCCAAAUGCACUUACAAGUGAGCAGGCAGAAUUCAUACAAUCAUUGGUUGAUCCAGUUGAGAAAUUUUUCCAGGAAUCCAAUGAUGCAUUGAAAAAUGAUGAAAUUGAAAAAGUUGAUGAUGUUACAAUGCAAGGACUUAAAGAACUUGGUGCAUUCGGUCUUCAGGUUCCACAGGAGUUAGAUGGAGUUGGCUUGACAAAUACACAGUAUGCUCGGCUUGUGGAAAUUGUUGGUGGCCAUGACCUAGCUGUUGGAAUAACAUUAGGAGCUCAUCAAUCCAUCGGUUUCAAAGGAAUUCUCUUAUUUGGAAAUGAAGAACAGAAGAAGAAAUACCUUCCAAAGCUAGCAACUGGUGAACAAAUUGCUGCCUUCUGCCUGACCGAGCCUUCAAGUGGCUCAGAUGCUGCCUCAAUAAGGACGAAUGCAAAACUGAGUGAAGAUGGGAAGCAUUGGAUUCUUAAUGGUGGCAAAUUAUGGAUUAGCAAUGGCGGUAUUGCGGAUGUUUUUACAGUGUUUGCCCAGACACCUGUUUUUGACGAAAAAAGUGGCAAGACAAAAGAUAAGGUUACAGCAUUUAUCGUGGAGAGAGGUUUCGGUGGUGUAACGAGUGGCCCACCUGAAAAAAAGAUGGGAAUCAAAGCUUCCAACACAGCAGAGGUCACGUUUGAUGAAGUGAAAGUUCCUGUUGAAAAUAUUUUAGGAGGUGUUGGAGAGGGUUUUAAAGUUGCCAUGAAUAUUCUCAAUAAUGGCAGAUUUGGAAUGGCUGCAGCCCUUUCUGGUACAAUGAAGGGUUUAAUAACAAAAGCGGUUGAUCAUGCAGCCAACCGAACCCAAUUCGGGUCAAAAAUCAGCGAAUUUGGAGUCAUUCAAGAGAAGUUGGCUCGAAUGGCUAUUCUGCAGUAUGUUACUGAGUCAAUGGCAUACAUGGUCAGUGCAAAUAUGGAUAUGGGUAUCAAGGAGUUUCAAAUUGAGGCAGCCAUCAGCAAAGUGUAUGCAUCGGAAGCUGCGUGGGAAGUUGCUGACGAAAGCAUACAAAUUCUAGGAGGAAUGGGUUACAUGAAGGAUUGUGGUGCCGAGCGUGUAAUGAGAGACUUGAGAAUAUUUAGGAUUUUUGAAGGAACCAACGACAUUUUACGACUUUUCAUCUCGUUGACGGGACUUCAGAAUGCUGGAAAGUAUUUACGAGCAUUGCAGAAGAAGUUACAGAAUCCCAUUGGAAAUUUCCGGUUGAUUAUGGAUGAAGGCAUCAAGCGUUCCAGAAGACUGGCAGGGUUGACAGUUGGACCCGAGUUGAAAGGUCAAGUGCAUCCACAGCUAGCGGAGUAUGCAGACUGGGCCUCAAAGUCGAUUGGGUUGUUUGGAGUGACCUCUGAAGCACUUCUUAUCAAAUAUGGCAAGAACAUUGUUGAUGAACAAAUGAUUUGCUAUCGCCUGGCUGAUGCUGCCAUCGAUAUCUAUGGCAUGAUCUGCGUCCUAUCAAGGGCUUCGCGGUCAAUCAAUGAAGGAGCAAGCUCAUCAGAACAUGAAACAAAUAUUUGCUCAAUUUACUGUGCAGAGGCAUCUGAUCGUAUUGCAACGAAUCUCAAGUCCCUCUCCAACAACAUGAGCCUCACAAAUGACGCAAAAAAGAAAGAAAUCGCUAGAGAUCUUGUCAAUAACCAAGCCACGGUUCCCGUGCAUCCGCUCGGUUUCUAAACUUACAAACCAAAUGGCAGCAGGACUGAUGAUUGUAAUUUAUUGCUGACUGAUGCAGGCUUUCUUUCUAUGUUAUAAUAUGCCUGGCCUUGAGUGCAUGAGCUGUAGGCGGGCAUCAAUUGGACUUGGCAAAAAUAUAUUUAAUGUAAUAAAACGGCGUUUUUUCGGUAUUGCAAUAAUUAGGUUGGAUCAGUUGAAUAUUAGAUACUUCUUUAAUGUA